AUGUCCGUCAAGGCCACCACCAAGACCUUAGCCAAGGACUCCACCAAGGAUACCACCAAGAGUUUCGCCAAGGGCCCCAACAAGACCUCCACUAACGAUCUCACCGAUACCUUUACCACGGCCCCUACUAAGGCGUUUGCCAAGUGCUUCUCCAAGGGCUCCGCCAAUUGCUCCACCAAGGAUUCCACCAAGGACUUCACCAAAGGCCCCACGAAGACCUCCAUCAAGUUUCACACCCAAGAGAAUGCUUCUAAAACUUGUCAUGCCUCCAUCUCUGCUUCUUUGUGUUAUCUGCACAGGGAUACUACUGCUGAUUCUGCAGAGAUAAAACAUUGGAAUUAA